CGCGGGGAAGCUGCCCUGGCUCGCGUCAGUUCGCCGCGCGGGAGGCCGCGGCAUGGGGCGGGUGCAGCUGUUCGAGAUCCGCCUGAGCCAGGGCCGCGUCGUCUACAGCCCCGGGGAGCCUCUGGCCGGGGACGUCUGCGUGCGUCUCGGAGCACCGCUUCCCUUCCGCGCCAUCCGGGUGACCUGCACAGGUUCCUGUGGGGUCUCUAACAAGGCCAAUGAUGGAGCAUGGGUAGUGGAAGAAAGCUACUUCAACAGCUCCCUGUCACUGGCUGACAAGGGGAGCCUGCCAGCCGGAGAACACAGCUUCCCUUUCCAGUUCCUGCUUCCCACCACAGCACCCACGUCCUUUGAGGGGCCUUUUGGGAGGAUUGUGCACCAGGUCAAGGCCACCAUUGACACCCCACGUUUUUCUAAGGAUCACAAGUGCAGCCUUGUGUUCUAUGUCCUGAGCCCUCUAAACCUGAACAGCAUUCCAGACAUUGAGCAACCCAAUGUGGCCUCUGCCACCAAGAAAUUCUCCUACAAGCUGGUGAAGACGGGCAGCGUGGUCCUCACUGCGAGCACUGACCUCCGUGGCUAUGUCAUGGGGCAGGUGCUGCGGCUGCAAGCAGAUAUUGAGAAUCAGUCGGGCAAGGACACCAGCCCUGUGGUGGCCAGUCUGCUACAGAAAGUGUCCUAUAAGGCCAAGCGCUGGAUCUAUGACGUGCGGACCAUCGUGGAAGUGGAGGGUGCAGGUGUCAAGGCCUGGAGGCGAGCUCAGUGGCAAGAGCAGAUCCUGGUGCCUGCCCUACCCCAGUCAGCCCUGCCUGGCUGCAGCCUCAUCCACAUUGACUACUACCUGCAGGUCUCCCUGAAGGCGCCUGAAACCACUGUGACACUUCCACUCUUUGUUGGCAAUAUUGCUGUGAACCGUGCCCCACUGAGCCCCGGGCCAGGCCCAGGGCUGCUGCCUGGGGCCUUCUCCCCAGUAGUGCCCUCCGCGCCACCCCAGGAGGAAGCUGAGGUUAUGGCUGCUGGCUCCCACCUGUCAAACCCAGUCUCCCUGUCUACGAAGAGCCACUCCCAGCAGCAGCCACCCUCUGCUGCCCUGUGUUCUGUGCCUGUUGCCCCUGAGACAUGUGCUGAGGAUGGCAGCCCUGCUCCCCUCUCGUUGCAUCCUCCCUUGUGCGUCUCCACAGGUGCCACUGUUCCCUACUUUGCAGAAGACUCCGGGGGCCCUGUGCCCACCAGCAGCGCCUUGAUCCUCCCCCCGGAGUACAGUUCCUGGGGCUACCCCUAUGAAGCCCCACCGUCCUACGAACAGAGCUGCGGUAGUGGUGCCGACCCUCACCUGACCCAGGGAGCUGACUCUUGAACCCUGACUCCACCCCACGCUGCCUUCUCCAGCGGGCUUGGUCUCUGCCCUGGGAUGGAGCACCCAGGGCCUCGUGCCUUCGUUUUCUGCCUGGCCCGGCCACUCAGGAUCUGCUCCUGCCCAGGCGGCCACCCUUGCAGUCCCAUCUCGCCUGGCUCCCCUGGAGUUAGCCCUCUAAUGGGGCUGGAGUGGCAGGGCCCUGGGAUCUGGACAGACUAAAUAAAGCGCUUUAUUUGUAGAGCCGAGCAGAGGCCGGCCUUGCCUCCAGCCUAGGCACAGGCCAGCUCUGCCCCACGCUCAAACUGGUCCCAAAGCUGGGGCUCCUCCCCGGUGCCUGGUCUGUCCCCACUGGACA